AUGCCGAGGGGGGUGAAGCGAGGGCAGGCGGAGGGCGAAGCUGAGGUGGUGGUACGCGUCGGGGCGUCUCCGUCGCAGACCACGCUCCUGGAUGACAGCCCGAGCCAGCCUAUCAGCUAUCACCUGCUAGAUCAUGGAUAUGGAGCCACGCCACAGCAUCAGAUACGGCGGGAGGCGCCCUCCGCACCGCCGAAGACUUCAGAAACGGUGAAACGGAGACUCAACCUUAGCGAAAGCAGUUCAGGAAGUCAGGGGCAUGUGGUGCCCAUGAAGGCGGACUUCAAGACACCCAAACAGAAACGAGUGAAGGUCCUCACGCCGUAUAGUCGCCCGUCCAGUUCUAUGAAAAAAUACACAGAACGCUCCAGGUUUGACACAUCAUUAGGUUUAUUAACAAAAAAGUUCGUAGCUCUGCUCAAGUCAUCGCCUAACGGAGUUUUAGAUCUGAACGUUGCGGCGGAAUACCUCUCAGUACAAAAACGUCGUAUCUACGAUAUAACAAAUGUGCUCGAGGGCAUUGGGAUUUUAGAAAAAAGAUCGAAAAACAAUAUACAAUGGAAAUGCGGUAUAGGCGCAGAAGGGUUAGGCGAAGAAAACCGCGUGCGUCGAUUGCGACGGCAAGUCGACGCUCUAGGUGUGAGAGAAGCGCGGGUGUGUCGAGCGUUGGCAGUGGCCGACCACGCCCUCAACCGUCUAUCGGAGGAGCAUGGCCAAAGGGCGUAUAUAACGUACGCGGACCUCCGCUCUAUACGCGAGUUUAAGAACCAAACCGUCAUACCUAUCAAGGCGCCGGCGGAUAGCAAGCUUAAUGUCCCUCAUCCGGAUGAGGAGAAUGGCUACUCCAUCCACCUGAAGUCCUAUUCUGGAGAGAUUGAGGUGUACCUCUGUUCCAAGGAGCGGUCUUCAUCGUCAUCCCCGGUAAUACUACCUGCGGACCCGUUACUGGAGGAUAACAAGGCGUUACUCGCGCCCCUCGUCGCCCAAAUGCAGGCGAUGCCUUCAAGCUCUAUAAGCGCUAGUUUUACAACUCCAAUUAAGCGUGAGCCGGACAGCGACGAUGAUCAGGCGUGCAUGUCCCGCAGCCUUCCCGUACAAUCGCCUUGCGUCACGGAUCCCACUCUCCCAUUGCAUUCGAGGGCGUAUACGACGACUGUCGAUCUGCCUGCUGAUCAUUCCGGAGCCCGAGGCAGACUGCGAAACGCUUUGAUCUCAGACAGCGACUUCGCUCCUAUGUUAGGUGGAGGACGGCAAUUGCUUCACAAUGAAGAGACGGAGCCGAUGGAGUUGGAGCCAUUCCUGGCCUUGGAGCCGCCGAUGUCGGCGACAGACUACGGCUUCUGUCUCGAUAACGACGAAGGUCUCUCGGAGCUGUUCGACUUUGAAUUCUAG